UGACUGUUGAUUGGCGCUUGCCCGCUUUCACGUCUAAACCCUGAAUAUCUCUGCUUGGGCGCACCACACCGCUCCCCCCGUCAAUUGUUUCUGGUCUGCGACUCUGCCCCCCGCAAACACUUCUCCCUGCCUCUGCCGUCCGUCUCUUUGCCAUUGUGCAUCCCAAUGGCUGCUGGUUGCUGAGAUACACCCCCACUGCCCUCACCACGCUCACUACCCAGCAUCCAGUUCCUUAGACCGGUCCCCACGCCCGUUGCUUCUGGUACAGCACAUUCGCUGUCUCGCAACAAGGGAACUGGGACGGCACCCCAACCGCUUCCGCCAGACCAUCCACUUCCACACCAAUCGCACGCCAUUAAUUCGCUUUUCGCUAUAAUAAAUCCUUACCAAACUCUUUUCCUCAUCGCCCCAGUUCUUUCCCACGUUUAGAGACACCGCCCUCCCCCCCAAAAGGGAGCCCAGCAUGGCGGCCAAAGCCACCAUGCCACCUGCCAUCGGUACGCCACAAAAGUCGCACACAGCAAAUAUCCAAGCCGAGAAAGCACCCACGGCGCCCAAGAAGCGAAAGAUGCAGCCAAAGAAGGCCGACGAUGAGGGGCUCCUGGCCACACUAUGCACGCUCAUCUCCGACCAUCAGAUUGGCAUAUCUGUCAACCUCCUCACUCUCCUCACCUUAACACAUUUUUUCUUUCCCCGCGCCCGAAGCCGGACCAACAAGUUUUUCCACAUGUCCUACUAUAACUCCGAAACUGGUAUGUAUGGAUGUGGAACCGACGACCUCCCCUUUGUCUUCCUGUGGACCAUCAUUUUCACCGGACUCAGAGUCGCCGUUAUGGAGUAUAUGUUGAAUCCACUGGCUAGGCUUGGGGGCAUUAGGACAAAAAAGGGACUCAGUCGAUUCAAGGAACAGGCUUGGUUAAUUGUCUACUAUACCUGUUCUUGGUCUCUCGGAAUGUACAUCAUGUAUCACUCCGAGUUCUGGCUCAACCUACACGGCAUCUGGGAAGGUUGGCCCUUCCGAGAGGCUGACGGCCUCUUCAAAUGGUACUACCUCGUCCAAUGGGGUUUCUGGAUCCAGCAGAUUCUUGUCGUCAACAUUGAGGAAAAGCGCAAGGACUACGCGCAGAUGCUGUCUCACCAUUUAUUCACGACCGCUCUCAUGGCUCUGUCGUACGGAUACUUCCACAUGCGUGUCGGCAUCGUAAUUCUUACAAUCAUGGACUUUGUCGACAUUGUAUUGCCAACUGCCAAGCUUCUUAAGUACAUGGGCUACACGAAUGCAUGUGAUUAUGUUUUCGGACUCUUUGUUAUCUCCUGGAUAGUCACCCGCCACGUCCUUUACAUGAUGGUCUGCUGGUCCAUCUACGUUUAUGCACCCCUCGACAUGGAACCCGGCUGCUACCUCGCUGACUCCACGUCAAAACAAACCUCGUUUGUUCCCAUAUCAAACACCUCGCAAUUUGAAGCUCUUGGAGGCAAUAACCACUGGGGAAACCUUCUCAAGGCAUACAAUGACCGCAACGGACCCAUUUGCUGGAACCCACAGAUUCGAUACUAUUUCCUGGCGCUCCUCCUUACCCUGCAAGUAUUCUGCUGCAUCUGGUUUGCAACCAUUUCCAGAAUCGUGUACACUGUAGUCAGGGGAAAUGCUGCAGAAGAUUUGCGUUCAGAUGACGAGGGUGAAGAUGAGGAGAUUGAGGAGGAUCAGACCAACACCAUUUUUAACAUGGCAACCACAUGCGCUGAGUCGGGCAUGAGCUCCCUGCAGCCAAAGGAGGAGGAAGUCGGCGUUGACGCUCUGACGUUUGCUCGCAUGAAUGGUGCCAGCCAGCGACGACAGGCCAGGAGGGAGAGCGCACGAGCAAGUGGCAUCAGCAUUCCGGGACAUGGUGAUCGCAAGGAGCUGUUGGGUCGCAUUGGCUGUGAUAAGCCUUCCUAAGCUCUAGUCGUUAUUCUUUUGACAAAUUUUAUGGCGUUUUGGCGUGUAAUGUGGUGAGGUGAGAGGAGUCCGUGUUUCCAUUAUUGUCGGAUCGCAUGGCUUUGCACAUGUCGCUGGAUAUGUAUACCCUACUAGAAGACGAGUGUAGAAUUUUUCCUCUACCAUCGCUUUUUUUUCGAGCAAUGACCAGCCUUGCUCAUACACGUGUACAAAAGAAUUUUGAUAUGCAUUUGUGAC